GUGAGAGUCACGCCUCUGAGGGUGAACACAGAGUGCCUCCUCGACAUUAUGCGCAAGGAGAGAUACAUGGUCCGCAUGUUCAACUACGUCGUGUUUCGCACCGAGGGAAGGGCAGGGGAUGAAUGGAACGACGAUUUCUUCAUGUUGUACAAGGACCUAGAAGAGAGGUAUGCUUCAAAGGAGUUAUGCGCAGAUGAAUGGGAGAAGCAACGGGAGAAGCUGCAUAGCAACUUAGUGAAGACGAUCCCUCGGCGACUUGGAGGAGUGGAGGAGGCGAGGCAAGGUGCGGGCUUGGGGCCUACAGAAGCGAUGUACAAGGAGGCUCCGUUUCACUUCAAGGUCUUUAUAUACACCACGAUCGAUAAGCUCGAUAUGCUUCGAGCGGAGGUGAAACGGAUCGCCUCCAGUGCACGCCAUCUUGCGUGGGACAAACUGGGCAGUCAGACCACAUUGCUUCCUGUAUGCAUGCGGUCAAAGGAGGUUAUGGAGGCGCCCGUCGACAUCGUCGCAGCCUCACAAAAAAUGGCAUGCAGGACCGCCAUUGUGGACAUCUCGGAAGCGAAUUUCAGAAAAUGUGCAAAGCGAUGUCUUGCGUCAAUUGUACCGUUCAGAGGACAUCGAGCUCAUCCCCGGGUCAUAGAAACGUGUGGACAGGCCGUCGAGCGACGUUACAAGGUAGGCAACAUCGCUACGAGCAGUCGGGACCUGAUGGCGAUCUUGCUGCAGGCUGAAGGAGGGGAUCUGAAAAAAGUAAUUGUCGCACCCCGACUUCACAACGAUCUCACCGAAGUGCAUGUUGUGGAGGAAAAGUUCGAAAAGUGUCUCAGAAAACACGGUGGCGUCAAAGGCGACGAAAGUGCCGCAUAUUCAAUUUGGGAGCGAGAACCUGGCAAGUUGCGGAAGUUGUGCGGUUCAUUCGUAGGAGAGGCGGAAGGUGUGCUUUUACUGGGUAGGGCGCACGCGGGUCUUGUAUGGAAGUUAUUGCUUACAGGUAAUAAUGUCAUUGCCUGUGACGAGUCGACCAAGGACAUUGCAUACUUGACAAAGUUUGUCGACAUACUUGUUAAGGAUGGGAGAUUCGAGUGUCGCCUCGAGAAGCCGCGUGCCACACAUCGCACGAACAGGGAUAUGUACCACAAGUUGGGACCGAAAAGACUGAAGGUGUGGGAAUACCUGUUCCGCGAUGCGUCGGAUGGACGCCUUGAUGAGGGAUACAUAUAUAGGAAAGCCAAGGUGACCGAGGCCCUCAAACAUUAUCAUGGUGCUCUAACUGGUGCCUUUCAGACAUUUAUUGCUCGAUGCGAGAUCUUGAGGUUUGAUCUUCACAAAGAUAAACUGACGCUUAUAAACUAUGCGGACGUCGCUAAAUCAGGUGAAGGCUUUAACCCCGUUGACAGCAAGGAAGACUCGUCGCACUCCGAUCUCGAGAUCGAAAAGGACACCAAUGCAACAUGGUGGUGUGGGAAGUCCGCUGCCAUGGAGCACAGCGUCAAGGGAUAUGGACCAGGUCAAUCAGAGGGAUGCUCGAACCUGCCACCCGCGAACAGUGUGGCCUCGGGUGUGGACCGGGUUGUAUGUACGCCUGUGGAAGACGACGAAGACAAUGACCUCGAUAUUCCUGCUCAGCAAAUGAAGUUGGCGUCAGGCGAUCCGAUUCCUCCCAGAUUUUGUGCGGAUGCAAACAAUGUGUAUUUCUUGGAUGACAAAUACGCCUGCAUUAGUGAGGACAAGUGGGGCCAUGAUAUCAUUUGGCAUGACGGCAUUUUCGAGCCAUGUAUCCAAGGCGGGGAGUGGAAAAUGGCGGUGAAGUAUUUAGAGUACUCACACAAGUUUUACGAGCUGCAGUCGAGCCCCUCGUACGACAAGAUUGACUGGAAGGUUGAGCGCGCCGCCACGCUCGAGAACAUGGACGUAGACUCCCGAGAAGAUGUCGCCCCUGUGCUCGAGGCGGCCACAGGGAACACGAUGGGUGAACAAAGGGAAGAUGGCGGGACGACGUUCAGCGUGAAGCCUCUGUUGCCAAAGGCGGGAAACACGCCCGCAGGCGAAAACACCAUCGGAGCCAUCUCUAUCGCAACAGGGGAUACAUCACAAGGUGAAAAAGUGUCACUCGACAAGCCGGCGGAUGCGGGCGCCACAUACGGGAGUCUCCUCGCGACAAAUGCGACGCUGGGAGACACAUCGGAGAUGGUGUCAGAGUCCACUGCUGAGAUGGGCGUCACGGGGAUGUCGUUGCAUCCGCCCACAUGCACUCGCAAAGGUGACGUACACUGUACAACAACACCACAGGGAGUGGUCACAGGGGAUGAAGGGAAUAGGGGAAAUGCAGGGGGGUCUCCACGUUCUCGCAACAUUGAGGAAAUGACAACAAACGAUGAGGAUGGGGUAAAAGGCGGAAAGGGCGUGAGCAAUCCCACGCGUGCAGAAAAUGAGGGGUGAGACAGGGAAUGAACUUGAGGGGAAUCC